CGGCGCUCGUACGCCGAGCCCGGAGACCGGGCGCUGCGAAUGUACAUGUACGUCGACACCGCUCGAGCAGUAGUAUAUAUCGGCGGCCGCGGACGAGGGCCCUGGUCAGUGGUCACUGGUCACAGCACCAACGAUCGAUCAUGGCUACGGCGGAGCAGCUCUCCCUGCGUGUGUUCUUGCCAUGCUUCCUGCUGGUGGCGAUCUGCGUGCGUCCGCCGCUGUCGCGGGCGGCGGCGCGCGCGUCCGACACCGUGUCACGAGACCAGCCGCUCUCCGGCGGCCACAGGCUUGUUUCCAAGGGCGGCAAAUUCGCAGUGGGGUUCUUUCAGCCGGAUGAUACAGCACCUGACAGAUGGUACCUUGCUAUCUGGUACAACAAGAUCUCAAAGCACACACCUGUGUGGAUAGCAAAUCGUGCAAGGCCAAUCUCCAAUCUAGACUCCUCUGAGCUCACAAUAUCACAAGAUGGCAACAUGGCAUUGCUCGACCGGCUCCAGUCUACUAUCUGGGCCACUAACAUCACCAGUAACACUUCAGUUUCCAACUCCACCGUCGGCAUCAUCCUCGACACAGGCAAUUUUGUGCUGGUACCUUCAUCCAACACCACCGAUUUCCUUUGGCAAAGUUUCAACGAACCAACCAAUGUGUGGCUUCCAGGGGCAAAGUUUGGACGGAACAAGGUCACUGGUCAUACCACACGCAUCGUAUCAUGGGAUAGCUCUGUUGAUCCAUCGCCAGGGUAUUAUACCCUUUUGAUCGACCCGGAUGGCAGCAACCAGUUUAUCCACCAAUGGAACGACUCUGAGAUCUAUUGGGCAACGGGCAACUGGACUGGCAGUAUGUUUACUGGAAUGCCUGAGAUGGCGUCGUACCCUAAAGCCUUACUAAAAUAUGAAUUCGUAGAUAAUGAUCAGGAGAGCUACUUCAUAUACCACAUUAACGAAACCAUACUUACAGCUAUGUUUCUGAUGGAGGUCUCAGGUCAGGUCAAGGGUGUAGCAUGGCUGGAGAGUGCGCAAGACUGGGUGCCAUUCUUUGCAGUGCCAAAAGCACAGUGCAGUGUGUAUUUUGUUUGUGGCUCUUUCGCCAUGUGUACUGAGAAUACAUUCACUUUCUGCAGCUGUCUCAGGGGUUUCAACAAACAGUAUGAAGGAAACUGGCUGUAUGGUAACCCCAGAGGUGGGUGCACGAGGAAAGCUAAGCUACAAUGUGGUGCCAACAGCUCAAGGAAUACAGAAAUCGACGGAUUCUAUACACUUUCUAUUGCUAACCUGCCUGACAAGGCCUCGACCUCCAGUAUUGUAGCUGCUAGCGCUGAUGCAUGUAAGCAGGCUUGUCUGAACAAUUGUUCUUGUGUUGCUUAUUUCUACGAUGAUAGCUGUUCUUUAUGGUAUGGAGACUUAAUAAACCUGGUGUCUCCUGAUGGUUCAACGGGACAUGUUAUCUACGUAAGGCUUGCUGCAUCAGAGUUCUUUUCAGGGUCAACAAAGACAGGCAAGCCAUUGGCUGUGUGGGCUUUAACUGGUGGAGCUAUCCUUAUUGCCAUCAUUGUGAUUGCAGGCGUACUUUUGGUACCCAUGAAGAAGAUCUAUAAUAAGCGGAACAAAAUUGAGGGUUGUUUGGUUGUAUUCAGUUUUAGGUACCUACGGACCGUGACAAAAAACUUUUCAGAGAUAUUGGGCAGAGGGUCUUUUGGUUCUGUGUAUAAAGGAAUAUUACCUGAUGGGACACUAGUUGCUGUGAAGAAGCUUGAUGGCCUUUCUCAGGGUGAGAAGCCAUUCCGAGCUGAAGUUAGUACGAUUGGCACCAUUCAGCAUGUGAAUCUAAUCCGAUUGCUUGGGUUUUGCACAGAGCAGUCAAUGAAGAUGCUAGUCUAUGAGUAUAUGCCAAAUGGGUCCUUGGACAGAAACAUUUUUGCAAGCACUCCAGUGGAACUGAGCUGGAAUGUCAUGUUCCAAAUUGCUCUCGGGGUUGCAAAGGGGUUAUCUUAUUUGCACGAGGGAUGUAGGAGCUGCAUCAUACACUGUGAUAUUAAGCCAGAGAAUGUGCUCCUCGACGCCUCUUUCAAGCCAAAAAUAGCAGUUUUUGGGCUUGCCAAGCUCGUUGGGAGGGAUUUCAGCAGGGUGUUGACGACCAUGAGGGGUACUGUAGGCUAUCUUGCUCCUGAGUGGAUAAGCGGCACGGCUAUCACCCCAAAGGCCGAUGUUUUUAGCUACGGUAUGCUACUUUUCGAGAUCAUGUCAGGGAAAAGGAAUUCAGCUUGGCACCAGCAAAACAUGAAGUUCUUCCCUGUGCUGGUAGCAACAAGACUACAAGAAGGUGGCGACAUCAAGGCCUUGUUCGAUUCUGAAAUAAUGCAAGAUGCUAACUUACACGAGGUUGGGAGGGCAUGCAAGGUCGCCUGUUGGUGGAUCCAGGAUGAUGAGAACACAAGGCCAGCAAUGCGAGAAAUUGUUUAGAUCCUGGAAGGAUUACUACACAUCGACCUGCCGCCUGUUCCCUCCUACUUGCAAGUUCUUGCCGACCGCUCCAAGUUCUCUUCAUAUGAGGCAUCAUAGUUCCGUUGAUGGAGGACAGCUUUUGGGAACAUUUAUUUAUUGUACUUAUUUUCUUCCUCAGAUACAGAUGGUGGAGAUUUUAAUUUUUCUCGGAUAAGGAUACAGGGGUUGUAUGGAGUAAGUUCCACCGGAGAAGUUCGUGACUCUAGACAGACGACUCACUGGCAUAAUGCUACCUGCUGCUUCCCUGCCAGUCUGCUGUUGAGUCCUAACCAAACUGGAGUAUGGCCGUAUGGGUAUGGCUCGCUGGCUAGCAACCCUCCGUGUACGGCUCGACGCGGCUGACAAGUCUGGCAGCCUCUACAAACGAGGAGGGGCGGGCAUGGUCACAUGAGUACAUGAGGCAACUGUUUAGCAUGGAUGCGCCAAUGGAUUUCAGCAGGGUGUUGCGCUACGGCAUGAUGCUUGGUAGCUUCGGUGCUGAGGUUGACUCUUAAAAAACAAAAAAAGAAAAGAAAAAGGAAUGUAGAAAAGCGCAAGCGAAUA